AUGAAGUUGUAUGCCAAGAAUGGAGAAAUCGCCAAUACCACACGUAUUCCCAAAUUUGCUGUCCAGCGAAAAUCUCUAUUAAGAAGAUUUAGGAAACGACUAUCUAUAUUACUCCACACCCAUGUGGCUUUAAUCCUCGUGUCGGUGUUAGCUGCUUUAGAUGCAUCAUGUGUUAUUGGUCAAAUCAUCUGCGAUAUCCUCAUUAUGAAAGAAAAACUUCAUGAAUGGGAACUGUUUGAUGCAAAACUGUCACCGUUAUUGGUGGAUGAAAUUCCAAGGUUGAAUACUAGUGAUUAUGAACCGGGUGGACCGGGAUUACAUAAAUUCUAUGAAAUAUUGGCUGGUCUGGAGAACCACCAUUUAACUCAUAAAAGCCCAAAUGAGAAACAUAGUCUACAUCAUCUUAUUCAUCAUCACGAUCAGCAGGUGCUCGGGGAUCUUACCCACAAUACCACACACCCUCCACCGCAUCAGGCACACAGUCAUAGUAGGCGGAAACGGGCUAUCGUGGAGGUCCACAGUCACGAGGAGGACGGCCAUGGCGUACUACACGAAUUGAAUCAUGCUUUCCAUUUAGGCAGUAUGAUUAUUCUGUCUAUUUUACUUUUUGAGACCUUACUAAAAACUUUUGCCAUGGGAAGAAAAAUUCUGAUGCACAAACUUGAGGUUUUCGACGCUUUCGUUGUAACAGUUUCUUGGUGUCUGGAUAUAGCAUUCUGGGAAGGUAUCUGGGAACAUCCGGGUACUGAAGCUGCUACUAUAUUGAUAUUUAUUUUACCAUGGAGAGUCGUCAGGAUUGUAAAUAGUUUCGUUUUGGUCAUUCAAGAAAAGGAUAACGUACAGUUAAAAAUCAUCAAACAACGUCUUCGAUUAAAUUUUAAGAAAACGAAAGAAAUUACCGAGAAGUUGAACACAUACAGGGUUGAGAGCAAGCAGCUUCAAGGUUUAUGUAGGAAACAUGGUGCUACAGAAAAUGAAAUUAGCGCUUGUGGCCCUGGAGGUCGACGACGAAGAAGUAGCGUCAUGCCAGCCCUAGAUACACUAGCCUCAAUAGCCUUGGUAGGAGCAAUAGGAAACCAUCCAAGUUUAACUCUUAGUGAUUCGUCAGAUGAGGAUGACGAACCUCUGAAGUACGAUCUAUCCAGAGAAGUUUCACUAGAUCCUUCAAUAGCUUCAUUUGCUACUAUAAAUAGUAUCGACAGCUCUCCCAGAAAACUGUCAGCUGUAGACAGCAAUGGGCUUGAUAAUCCCAUCUUUGUGGACGACGAGAAGUUGAGGAGGAUGCAGGCCACAAGAACACAGUCGCUGCCUUCUGUUUAUCUCACACCGGAGUUGACGCGACUCUGAUGAAAACGGAGUGAGACAAGGUGGCGUUAUUUGUCCUUAAUUUAUUAUGAUUAGUAUCAAUGAAUUUACUAAUCGAGAAGAAACCAAUUUUACGCUGUGAUUUUACUACAUUUUGCUCAUUAUUUUAUCGUUUACCUGAUGGUGCUCUGACUGAAUGGUUUUGGAGACGUUUUUCAUCAUUUCUGCCAAUUCGAGAUCACUUUAAUGUCUUCCAAAAUACUUUUGAAUGAAGAAUUUGGAAAGCAUGUGAAGUAUGGAAAGCGACAAAGCAUGGUUGAGAAUUGGGAGAUUAUAUUUUUGAGGAACCAUAUCGGGAAAGUAUAUUUGAAAUGCCGAUGGUCAUUGAAAUGGGUGGAAAGGUGUUUUCUUUUGUUGAUCCAAUACCACUAUGUUUGAUUUUGUGCAUUUUCACAUAUUACCAGAUUUCAGUGUUUGUGAUUGAUUAUGGAUUUGGGUAUUCGAGAUGGGUCGUGAUUGAAGGAUAUUCGGAUUGAAAUGAAAUGAAAUGAAUGGAGUUUUACGUCCUUCUUUUCUCGGAUUGAAACACACGCUCAUGUUAAUAUCUUGGAUAAAGCAGAUUUUGGAUUAACAUUUGUUUAAAUGUAUCUGAAAGCGGUGGUGGUUGUAACGCGAUUUCAUCCGAAGUGAAGUCAUAAAAAAGACGACGGACGAAGUAUAAUUAGAUGGAACAGCAAGUACAUGGGGCGCACGCAUUUUUAUAUGAUUUUAUUUUAAAAAAAGGGCAACAUGAUAAAUUAUUUUCUCAAAUUUACACUAGCAUGAUCCUUCUAAUAGGAUUUGAAUAUUUGGGAUAUUUUAUUUUCUCAAAUUGAAAUUUAAAGAUAGGUUUCCGAGUGUACAGCUUGUAUUUUCAUAGAUUCACAAAUAUGUAGGCCUAUGCCAGUACAGAUGAGCGCUCACACCGUCUUUAACGAAUUUGUAGCCGUGGGUGCCUUUUCAUCAUUUCAAGGUUAACGAAGUAGUUUCGUUUCUUUUCCAUUAAUUGUAUAAAAUAAAAUUAAUUAUAUUUUUAAACAAUCAGGGAUAUAUUAAUCUACGAUUUUUGUAAAUAUUUAUCAUGUAUUUU